AUGAGUUUGGACUCUCUGUUUCAACAAAUCCUCCUGACAGAGCAGCAGCUGGCUGAGCAGACACAGAAGUUUAAAGAAGUGAAGGUCGAUAUUAUCAAGUGUAAGGAGAAAAUAAAAGCCACAAAGGAAAAGUUUGAAGAGUCUAAUCUGGAACUGGACGAAAAGGCACAACAGCUGUGUGCCAACAGAUUACAUUACAGUCUGCUCCAGAGGACAGAGGAGCAGAUGACCACCCACAUGGAGGAGCUGAGGAGGACCAGGGAGCACCUUUGGGAAUGCUUGGCGUCCAUAAAGCAGCAGGCUGCAGAGGAGCAGGAGAAGUUCCUGGAGGAGAUCUCCAGAUUCAACAGUGACAUGAGCCUUCAGACCAACCCUGAGACCCUGUUCUACAACAGGAACCAGGAACUUAUACAGGAGCUGCUCAGGGAGGAGGGGGAACUUAAUACAGAGAUGGAGCAGAUAAUCCAGGGCAGCAGAUACCUGAGAGGUGUUGAGGAGGAGAAGAAAGCUCUGCUGCUGGAGCUGCAUGGCCUAAACACAGUGUGCACAGAUGUGGAGAAGCAGCUGAGAGAAGCAGAGGAGCAGACCCACACUCUGAGGGCUCAAAGUGCUGCGGUCAACCAGAGGCCCCUCACUGACCCCACCUGUGUCCGGAUGAGAACAGAGCUGGAUACUCUCAAAGAGGGGGAGAUGGAGCUGUUGAGGGAGGCGCUCAGCUCAGAGAUUCUCUUCCUCCAAAAUGUAAGUGACACAGCACGCACGUGCAGCAUGUUGCAUCCAGUGGAGUUGAAUGGAUACCUGCAGAAUUCAGUUUAG